AUGAUGGGACACCCGAUGGGCCGAACGAUGGAUCCCGAGUCUCAUGAGGAACUGAUGACCCAUAUGGAUUGCAAAAAUGUCUGGGUCUGGAAGAUUGCAACUUGUAAUGCUGUCUUUGGAUUCCAAAAAAAUCUGUAUUGCAUGACCAGCAACAGGACUCCAGUUUGUGUUACGCGGAGAGGGUAUUUCUCAUGCGGAACAGGCAUUAGGAAGCCCUCUAAAAAUCUGUGUUGCUAGAACAUGCAUUACAGGCAUCAGGCCUCAUGGGAAAAAUGCAUGACAAACCUGGCAAUCUUCCAGACCCAGACAUUUUUGCAUUUGAUAACCCUGUGCAGCUGGCACUCGUCCAAGGACUUGGUGGGGUUCAUGCAGGGCAUGCAGGACGUGAACAUGAACAUGAAAAUAUCCUCUGUAAAACCUUCGCCACCCCAGAGGUGUCAUGCAGAUUUGCAAUGACAAAAACAUUUGUCAUGCGCAUCCCCAUGAUGGGAAUUUCCAGGCGUGUUUUGGAAUUUGUAAUGCUGUAAACUGGAUCAGCCGGUGGAUUUGUAAUGCGGCUGUCCUUGCUAACUUGCACUACUCUACGGACUUUAACUUGUCAGGCGUGACUCCAAAAACUUCCACGUUUGUGUUGCGAAAUCCCCAUCUUGACUCUGGAGUGGGGACGUUUUUGCUCAGGAUAGAAAAAGUACCGCGAGAAGGUGUCGCAAAACGUCGCCGGUAGAGUAGAAUACAUUUUUAUUUAAUAUGAUGUUUCAUUUUCAUCGUCUAGUAGUACUUCAUUGAAAUCGACGUCAUGAUAAAGAAGAUGUUGAUCUCGUGAUUUUUGCAAAACGGGUGCCCGUCGCCCACAAGUUGUUGUGGUAGAACGGUAUUGAAUGCAAAGAUCUAGUACUGGUCAAUGUGUAGUACUACGACAGGGAUAAACAAGAUUUGUUGUCUGGUGAAUUAUCUGAUGCAGUGGUUCAUUUCGGAACAGAUGAAAUUCAAAGUCGUGCGUCCUCAGAGUCGUGGUGCGAAAGAUAAGUACGAAACUACCACACGAAAAAAUUGUCAAAACAGCUGUGUGGGAUUACUACCUUGGCUUGGCCGGUGACCUGUGGGACGUGCGGGACUCGGGUAAGCUAUCAAAUGCAUAAAUAUAAUGUCUGGACACGACCUGGAAGAAUGCAAAGGUUUGUGAUCAUGCAGCUUUGGCAUCAUGACCCACAAGGUCUACCAUGCACGACGCCCUAGCAUAAGCAUCUUCACAGGUUUCGAGAACAAGUGAGUAGAUGUCUUAAUGCGUUGUAAUCCGCAUGACAAAUAAGCCCUUCUUUCAGUGGCCUGAAUUUGUGCAAGUGUUGGCUUCCAUGCAUGACAGAUUUUUGUGUGAUGUGAAAUGCGCAUCACAAGCUCGCAUCUUUCCAGACAUGAUCCGUGGAUAUUUGCAAUGCAUACAAGCACGUCCAUGACGAAAUCCGGAUCGAGGCGAAGUAAAUUUCGGGAUGCUACAACAUCGAUUCAGGGCAUAGAAACUUUCUGUUUCCAAGAACUUUGAUAGAUAUUCUUUCAUCACCAUUGCAGAGCCUAAGGCUAUUAAAACAACUAGCCUGAUGGUCUUGUCAAAUCUAAAAUUUACAGACACGACCGUUUCAAUUUUUGUUUAUUUCUCCUACGCAGUAGAUGAAGAAUCCAAACACGACAAACAGAUAGAAUAAGAAUUCUAUUUUUCUAUAGAUCGACGCGUUGAUAAUCGGACACUUCAAGAAGAGCCUUCAACAUCCGGUACUACGAUUUAUUAUCAAGAGAACAUGAGCAGAAAACUGCAUCAGCAGAGUUGACUCGCAAAGCUAUUAUAACCUUCGCGCUUCGCUCAGCAGUUUGGAUAGGUGGAUGUUGCAAAAAAAUUAAUGCUUGAUACAGUACUUCUCUACCACGAAAUGUAAAGGGAGGCUCUGGCUAAAAACUACCCGUGAAUAUGAUUCAACAUCCUUUUUUUAAUGUUUUAGCAUCCAUCGUUUUUAUUUUCGGCAAGAACUACUUUCUCAUGUUCAAUGCAAAGAUUUCAUCCACCAACGACAGCGUCAAGGAGUGCUGUUUUUACAUGCUAGUACUUCUAAAUGUAUGACACCCUUUCAACAUCAUGUCGCCAGGAGAAGCUUCGACUGGAAAGGUUCAGUUCACUCCAGCACUUUUGGAAUUUCAUAACAUUUUCAACGUGGACCACAAAUGAACUUGAAUAUAGUUUCCAUGCCACCCGCACCUGCACAGCAGCUGCGACAGGGUGUAGUAGUACCAAAAAUAUCGGGAUAAGUAGUACAGUAUAUGAGUUUAUUCCAUACACGAUUUUGAAGAUGUACGGAUUAUAGCACGCACAGUGUCCGACUUCCCGAAAAUAAAUGUUGGGUUUUAGUUUGCUAGAUGCAAUUGAAAAUUUUACCCUGUCCCGCUGCCGUUUUUCCUAGCCGAGAACUAGAACUACUAAUCCACCACUCCUAUGAAUUCGGAAAAAUGUGGUUUUUCAUUUUCCACUCCGAUGAUCUAUGGAAGUACCACAACUGCGCAGAAGUGCCUUCUUAAAAACCUGCUUGCUUUUUCUCAGCAACAGGCCUACUAGGUAAAGCCUACCAUUUCAUCGCCUUCUGAUUGUUUCAGUUUCUCACUAUGAUUUAAUGCGAGGGCAAAAUGUUUCCAAGGCGGAAGCAUUGAGCUGAACAGCGUUCAAGGACCAGUGCAAAAACAUAUGCAUCACAAAGGAAACUGCGCUUUUACAAUAAUUCGCGAACUUGUUUUUGGUUUAGAGGUUUUCAGGUUUAGAGUUUCAUUUGAUUUUUAUUUGCUUCUUAUUUCGAUUUCCCGUGCACAGGAACAAGAACGACCUUACUGUUGUCAAUAUUAAAAAUCGCCCAGCACAUUUUUAAACUGACUUCUCUAGAAGAAGUACUUUUUUCCACGAGCUAGCAAUCAGUUUCUCUCUCUAAAGCAUUUUUUGGUCGACGGCAUAACUUCGAUCAAAAAAGUACAAAUAUUUUUCUUCCGCGAACUUUUUUGCCAUAUCAUUGGCUUCAAUUUUAUUUCUCUUUUUUUAUACGAACAUUUACAAAAGCUUUACAGCGCACAGCUGUCGUGAAAAAGAUUUUCAGGUGCUAUAAUUUUAUCACAGAGAAUCACAACAACUUUUUUUAGUACCUGCACACAGAAUCAUCGGCAAGAAAUAUUUGGGACGUGGUCCGCAUAUGGUGAUCGGCCACGGGCGCAGCCGGGCACAAAAAAUUGAAUGAUUGAUUUCAAUUUUCUUUUCUAGUCGGCUUUGCGUGGUUCCGUUCUCGAGCACGAUAGAGUUGUUGUAAGGCGGAGGAACCUCUGCGUGUGGUGAAGAAAAAUCGCAGAUGCGACAGAUCAAGCUACGAUAGUUGUCCCCUGCUUAUCAUGCUCGAGGCUGUUGGAGGGCGCGUCGGAGACCAACAAUUGUGAGCUGUUGGAAAUUAUCAAAUGUAAAAAUGUCUGGGUCUGGAAGAAUGCAAGUUUGUCAUGCUUGUCUGUCAUGACUCGAGAAUCUGUGUUGCAUAGGCACGAAAAAGUCCUCUUACCUGUCAUGCAAAAAGGCAGCUUGCCAUGCGGAAUACGUAAGACAUGGCAGCCAAAUUAUUGUCAUGCAUAGCUGCGUAUUGCAGUGCGUCUAUCAUUCACUUGCAUUACAAGUUUCCAGACCCAGACACUUUUACAAUCCAUAUAAAUGAACUUUAGGCAAUUGAUUUUCUUGUGAUGACAGAGGUGAUCAUAAGUAUCGGCUUGAUUCGGAGGUAGUACAGGAAUAUCAAGUGGAGCAUCAUGAUUAUGAUUAGUUGUGAGAAACAAGAAACGAGUCCAAAAUCAAUGUCAUUUGCCUUAUUUUUUUUUUAUGGAAAAGAAUAGAGAUUUGGAAAUGAAGCCAGAUUCUGCCAGGGCCGGCCUUGGGUCGAGCGUCCAGUGCUUGAGAAAUCCGCUUAG